CUGCUGGGGUUUAGGGUUUUCAUUCGACUGGACAUACAUUGACAGAGUACGGGAAAUUUAAAUACCCCAGCUUCCCAGAUCAAGGUCGAAAAUGCCAUUCGCCAGUACUGUUGGAGCAGAACUCAAAAUUGCAAAAUUAUUUUGUUGUGAAACAACUAUAGACCUGAGCAGGACUUAACAGCGAAAAACAAAAAACCUUCUUUUUACCCUAAACCCAAAAUAGCGGCCAUGGCCGAUGGGAAGCCAUGUGGAUGGAGUGAGGUAGCGAGAAGAGAGGCAACACUGGCACCACCAAAAGAUCAGUUGGUCAUUCCGAAAGAUUUACGGGGGGCUAGUUUCAAAUCGAGUGAGGGUAUUAGCGUGGUUGUGGUGGAUAGCAGUUCUCUCAUUGAUGGAGGGGAAAGAGUUAUGCGCUCUGCAGAGAAACUGGUAUCUGUCAAAGAAGUACUCGAUGAAAUUAAAGACCCCGUUUCUCGUCACAGAAUGGCUUUCAUGCCUUUCACCAUACACACCAUGGAGCCAUCUGAGGAAUCCCUUAAGCAGAUUAUCAGUUUUGCCAGAGCCACAGGAGACCUGCGGUCCCUUUCAGAUGUAGAUAUUAAGCUUCUAGCUUUAACAUAUACCCUAGAAGCUGAAGUUCAUGGAACAGCCCAUCUCAGAACUAGACCCCCUCCCCUUCAUGUAUUGAGGGUUCGAAGGUUGCCUGAGAAGGAUCUUCCUGGUUGGGGCUCUAAUGUGCCAAAUUUAGAUGAAUGGGAAGAUUUGGAACGAACAACAAAUGGCAAUCAAAUCACCCAAUCUCGUAUUCUAGGAUUGAAAAACUUGAAAUUGGAUUCACCAGAGGCCAGUGGGGUAUCAGUUGAUGAGCACACCAAAGCCUCAGUUGCACAGGAAGUGGAGCUUCCACAUGUUGCUAAUAACCAGUCCAAACUUAGUAUUGCAGGACAGGUUGAGGCAGGUGUAAAUCAAAUAAACAAGCCUAGAAAAGAAAAGCCUCAAAAGCGUGAAGUUAAAAUUGAUGGCAAAUUGAUGGUUUCUGAGGGAAUUGAUGCUUCUAAAGGGGAGUCUAAGGAAAAUAUGGAAGAUUGGCAACCAGCUGUCUCUAGAAGCACCAGAAGGAGAUAUAUAAGAAGGCAAGCAAGGAAGGCACUUUCUCAACAAUCACUGGAGUAUGCAACUGGUGCAGAUGCAAAUCUAGAAGCAGAAAUUUCAGCUGAUGUUCCCAAUGAAAUAUCUCAACUUGAAACUGGAAUUCCUAAGGAAAAUACAAAUGCUUCUAUUGAGAAAGAGGCUAGGCAUGAAAACAAACUCAGUGGUGAAAAUAAUAGCAGCAAAACUGGCCUUCAUGGUAGCUUGGUUUCUUCUAAUGACACAUAUUCCAUUAAUAGGGUAGCUAAUUUAAACAUAAAGGAAGGAGAAAAUUCUGAAUCUCUGCAGGAGCAUCAUAUUGCAGACACACUCUGUGUGGAUGAGAUGCACAAUCUCCUCGAUGAAGGGAGUUUGGAGGAUGAGAGUAUAGAACUAGAGGUAGAUGAUAUGGAACAUAACGAAGAGGAAGUGUGUGGUGUAAGUCAAGUGGAAUGUCUGAAUUCAGAUAGUGGACAUUUAGCAAGCCAUCAAGAGGACAGUGCUAGUGAGCAAAGCCAUCAAGAGGACAGUGCUAGUGAGCAAAGUUGGAGUCUCCGGUCUUUUUCAAAUUCUACCAUUGCAUGUGCAACGAAUGAUUUUGCAAUGCAAAAUGUUAUUCUCCAGAUGGGACUAAGACUUUUGUCUCCAAAUGGCAUCCAAGUGAACCAACUGCAUAGGUGGGUGCUGAAAUGUCAUGCAUGUAAUGGAGUCACUGCAGAUGUGAGCAGAAUGUUUUGUCCGAAGUGUGGAAAUGGUGGUACUUUGAGGAAAAUAUCAGUUACUGUAGGGGGAAAUGGUGUUGUGCAAGCUGGUCGCCAACCACGCAUAAGGAUCCGAGGCACUAGAUAUUCAAUACCACUGCCUAAAGGUGGAAGGGAGGCAAUAACAAAAAAUCCAAUUCUUCGAGAAGAUCAGCUUGCACAUAAAAUUUUGUAUCCAAAAGACAAAAAGAAAUCUGCCAAUUAUGGUUUGGAUAUGCUGAGCUCUGGAGAGAUUAGCUUCGAGGUGAAGGAGAAAAGAGCACCACUGCAGGCUCCAAUACGACAAACUGUAGCAGUUUUCAGUGGUAGAAGAAAUCCAAAUGACAAUCAUUUUUCUCGUCAUAAGCAUUGACAAGAGGAAACAAGGUGUAGUGUGCAGCUCAGCACUUUCCUCUGUACACCCUUGCAGAACAACCCGACUGAAAAAAAGGAAAAAAAUUGGAUGGUGGUUCACCCAGUGUUAUAUGCUAAAAGAGAGUGAGGAAGUUUAAGUUUAAGUAUUUCUUUCGUUCUAAUUUCUGUAUCUUAAAGAGGAUCUCACCAGCAUUUGCUUUGAAUUGCAAGAGUUUGUAUAGAUCACAAAGUAUCAUUGUAAUUAUUUUUUGGUGUUAUCUUGUUAGGUAGCUACUUGGACAAAAUCAAUUUUCAGCGUUGGAGAAUAUUGCUUUUAUGUUUUUGAGGCAAUUUCUCAACGCAGUUUCACCUCAUUUGACAUUUGAGUAAGAGUGAUUUUACUUUGAGAUCAGAAUGUCCAUGGCAUGAGCAUGAAGUUGGUAUUCUCGUAAGUUUACCAAAUUUAUGACGAGAAAGAUAGUAAACUGAGGAACAUUUUACUCGCAAGAAAACAUCGUCCUGCAGAGAAUGAUUUUUUCACAAAAUUUAUGCUUGUGCUGUGGAAGGUCAAUUUUUUGGUCACAUUUACCCUUGCCAUGAAACAAGUGACAAAAGUUCCCAAUGUAUUUUCUAAUGUAAGUGAUAUGCAUGAGCCAAAUUGGAGUGUUAUUUUUUGGUUAUAAAAUGUAUAGUUCACAAUCUUAUAAAAUUAUUACCUGAUCACUAGGUUAUUUACUUUCA